ACCAGAGGGCGAGUGAGAAAACCAGUUGUGAUCUGCCCUGUCAGAGGUGGCAGCGCAGCCGCCGGCCCCACCUCCCCGUGCCUCUUGGAGCCUUGGGAUGGAAGGGGAAGCAGACAUUCCAGGAUCAGUUUCCUGAAGCUCCAGUCCAUCCAGCUGUCUGUGGGGGAGCAGCCCUGGAGCCAGCAGCAGCCAGCCACCAUGGCCCAAGGCUGCCCCAUCCCAGGGCUAGAGGUGGCCUUCACAGACUUCCAGAGCUCCCGGAACAAUGUGAGGCACCGCACAGAGGAGAUCAGUGUCGACCGCCUUAUUGUCCGCCGUGGGCAGGCCUUCAGCAUCACCCUCUACUUUAAGAACCGGGGCUUCCAGCCGGGCAUGGACAGUAUCAUCUUUGUGACUGAGACUGGACCCUUGCCAGACCUGGCCAAAGGGACACGGGCAGUGUUUAGCCUCACAGGCAGUGGUGGUCCAAGCCCCUGGAUUGCUUCCCUGGAGGCCAAUGGGGCCACCUCCCUGGAAGUGAGCCUGUGUGCCCCUCCCAUGGCAGCCGUGGGUCGAUACCUCCUGAAAAUUCGCAUCGACUCCUACCAGGGUUCUGUCACGGCAUACCAGCUCGGGGAGUUCAUCCUGCUCUUCAAUCCCUGGUGCCCAGGGGAUGCAGUCUACUUGGAGAGUGAGCCCCAGAGGCAGGAGUAUGUCAUGAACGAUUAUGGCUUCAUCUACCAAGGGAGCAAGAGCUGGAUCCGCCCAUGUCCCUGGAACUAUGGGCAGUUUGAAGAGAAUAUCAUUGACAUCUGCUUGGAGCUGCUGGAGAAGAGUCUGAACUUCCAGGUUGACCCGUCCACAGACUGUGCCCUGCGGGGAAGCCCCGUCUACACCAGCAGAGUUGUGUGCGCCAUGAUAAACAGCAACGAUGACAAUGGGGUGCUCAAUGGCAACUGGAGUGAGAACUACGUGGACGGUGUCAACCCUGCAGAGUGGACCGGCAGUGUGGCCAUCCUAAAGCAGUGGCAUGCCACGGGCUGCCAGCCAGUGCGCUAUGGGCAGUGCUGGGUCUUUGCUGCUGUCAUGUGCACAGUGAUGAGGUGCCUGGGUAUUCCUACCCGUGUGAUCACCAACUUUGACUCCGGCCAUGACACAGACGGGAACCUGAUCAUAGACGAGUAUUACGACAACACAGGCAGGAUCUUGGAGAAUAUGAAGAAGGAUACCGUCUGGAAUUUCCAUGUGUGGAAUGAGUGCUGGAUGGCACGAAGGGACCUCCCUCCUGGACACGGAGGUUGGCAGGUGCUGGAUGCUACCCCUCAGGAAACCAGCAAUGGUCUCUACUGCUGUGGUCCUGCUUCAGUCAAAGCCAUCAAAGAGGGAGAAGUCGAUCUAAACUACGACACGCGCUUUGCGUUUUCUAUGGUGAACGCUGACUGCAUGUCCUGGCUUGUCUACGGGGGAAAGGAGCAGAAAAUUCACCAGGACACGGCUAGUGUUGGGAAUUUUAUUAGUACUAAGAGCAUCCAGAGCGAUGAGCGGGAUGACGUCACAGAGAGCUACAAGUAUGAAGAAGGUUCCCUUCAAGAGAGACAGGUGUUUCAAAAGGCUCUACAGAAGCUAAAGGCUGGAAGGUCUCAAGGGUCACACCAAGGAGACGCACAUCCCUUCAGCUCCGUGCCACCAAGGCAAGAUGGCUCUAGAAGCCUAGAUACGCCUUCCCUCCGACCCAGCGAUGUCAUCCAGGUCUCUCUGAAGUUUGAGCUGCUUGACCCACCUAACAUGGGCCAAGACAUAAACUUUGUCCUGUUGGCUGUCAACAUGUCACCUCAGUUCAAGGACCUCAAACUCAAUUUGAGUGCGCAGUCUCUGCUGCACGAUGGCAGCCCCCUGGCCCCGUUCUGGCAGGACGUAGCAUACAUCACACUGUUCCCUGAAGAAGAAAAGUCCUACCCUUGCAAAAUCCUCUACUCUCAGUACAGCAAGUAUCUGUCAACAGACAAGCUAAUCCGCAUCAGCGCCCUGGGUGAAGAGAAGAGCAGUCCUGAGAAAAUCCUGGUGAACAAGAUCAUCACCCUGACUUUCCCAGGCAUCGUGAUUAAUGUUCUAGGAGCAGCCUUUGUGAACCAGCCACUCACUGUCCAGGUGGUCUUUUCAAACCCACUCUCAGAGCCCGUUGAGGACUGUGUGCUGACCGUGGAAGGAGGUGGUCUCUUCAGGAAGCAGCAGAGAGUUCUCAUUGGAGUCCUCAAACCCCAUCACAAGGCCAGCAUCACUCUGAAGACUGUCCCUUUCAAGAGUGGCCAAAGGCAGAUCCAAGCUAAUCUGAGGAGCAAUAAGUUUAAAGACAUCAAGGGUUACAGGAAUGUGUAUGUUGACGCUGGCGUAUAAACUCUGAGAUGGGGCUGGAGAGAUGGCUUGCUUUUGCAAAGGACUUGGGUUAGAUUUCCCAGCAUCUCCAUGAUGGCUCAUAACCAUCUGUAACCCUAGUUCCAGGGUGUCCAACCAACAUGCAUGCAGAAAAAAAGCAUUCAUGGGUGAUACCUCAGUAAACUCCCCCACUCUAUCCCCUACAGAAAAAGAGAAGCUUAAACCAGGAUUCCUAAGUGUAGAUAAGAACUUAGACCCCUUU